GUGUGGGGUGAAAUCAGGAAGGCGGAAGUAAAUCCCUUUUGAACCGGAAGGAGGUUGCCGGGCGAAGGAUUGUUUACAUUUCAAAGAAACCUGUGCCUUUGGAAAGGUAGUUCAACCGACUUGAUCCCUCUGACAGGAUGGUUUGCGAAAAAUGUGAAAAGAAACUUGGUACUGUUAUUACUCCAGAUACUUGGAAGGAUGGAGCAAGGAACACUACAGAAAGUGGUGGAAGGAAAUUAAAUGAAAACAAGGCUUUGACUUCAAAGAAAGCAAGAUUUGACCCAUAUGGAAAGAAUAAGUUCUCCACUUGCAGAAUUUGUAAAAGUUCUGUGCAUCAGCCAGGUUCUCAUUACUGCCAAGGCUGUGCCUACAAAAAGGGCAUCUGCUCAAUGUGUGGGAAAAAGGUUUUGGAUACCAAGAACUACAAGCAAACAUCUGUUUAGUUGCACUGAUUGACUUUCUGACUUCCACUUUUGUAUUUCUAUGUGAUUUUUAUUUUCUGCUAUGUUUUCCAAGGUAUAACUUGUACAUUCUGGUUUUAAAACAGUAUUUCAAGGCAACUGACUAAUAUUAGACCAAUGUUCAGAGUCUUCCUCUUUUCUUUCAAGAAACCCUGAAUAGUAUAGAAUAUAACUACUAUGUACAGUUGAUAACAUUUUUACAAACAUUUUGCUAGGCUUAAUUAAUAGGGCCAGAUUUAAUGAAAAGGUUUUUCCAAUCCUUUAUGCACUUUGUGCUUACUAUAUUUAGUUAAAUUAUUUCCUCCUUUUUUUCCGUAGAUAUUUUUGCCAAAGGGAUGAUGGGAAUGUUAGAAGUUUGCUAAUAUUGCCCUGAUAGCAGUGAACCUUGGCAACCAAGGUCAUUAUUUGUCUCUUGUGACAGGAUAUAUGGCUCUUAGCACCAGCAUCCUUUAGUUAAUUAGAAUUUAAAAGGGCAGAUAACCCUUGAAAUUUUAAUGGGACUUUAUCAGAGACCAUGGUAGCUAAGGGAGCCAUUCUGCUUACCCACCUACUGAUCAGACCAAACUGGAGAGGGUUUGAAAGUUUUCAUUUUAAGAUUUUCAUUCCUAUAGAAAAGGGAACGCAUCCUUCUAGGGAGUAGCAAAAAUAGAAUGAAUACUUCUCCUGUCACCCAGCCUCCAGGCAGACAAACCCCAGGAAUAGCUCAGAAGCAGUAGUACUUCUGUGAAUUCAGCCAGUAUUAGGCAAGCCAGGAGAAUGGUGCCCGUCCGUGUUGACCAGCGUGAGGAGACGGCACUAUUGUUUGUGAAAGCCCCAAAGGCAGAGAUCAAAUUCUUAUCCCUCUUCCCCGCCCAAAACAGCAAUAAUAUGAAUCCUGUAGAUGAUAUGAAUGGAUAAAUAUUGCCAGAGUUUUGUACGUAAAGUCCCCUAAAUCCAACAUUGGAUGUCAAGGAAGAAUGUUCUUGCUGUACCUUCAUAGGUUUGGGGUCUCUGCUGCUGAAAGCAGGUGCUUAUUGGGAGAUAAUUAUGCAGCAAGGUAAAGAUCUUUUUUCCUUUAAAAAGUUGGGGUGUAUGAGAAAUAUGUAAAACUGAUGGAGUCCAUACAGGUGGCAGAAUGUGGGGUACAAGUACCCUACAUUCUUAUUUAAGUUUGGAAAUGAUUAUGAAAAGUAAUUAAAGUUGUAUUUGACAUUUAA